GUGGGGACAUGGACAUUGGUGAACUUCCAUCCAUCUUCGUAAUCUUCGCAAUCUUUCCAAUCUUCCAAAUCCCAAAAUGAAUUCAGCUUAGCCAUCUCAAUUCUCAGGGAUGGCUUGUCUGUCAAACUCUAUCUCCCCGAGGUGGAACAAGAGUCCAUCAAGCUUCUUUGAUUGGAACAGAGGCAAGAAAAGAAGUGAAGACAGGCCACAACCCAAGUACCAUGACAUUGAUCUUCCCUUCUCCCCCUCUCUGCUAGACAAGACGUUCUUACGAGGCAGGGAGCUAAAGUGCUGUUACAGGGCCUCCAUUGAUGGGUUUAGUGCAACGAACUUCCACCUCUGCAGCGACUUCAAGGGGCCUUGUGUGGUGAUCGGCUACACCAACAAAUCUUUCAAGUUCGGGGCUUUCAAUCCAGAAGGUUACCGGAGCACCGACGAUUACUAUGACACAUUUGAUGCAUUCCUCUUCUAUUGGAAAGACAAUGAGGAGCUUCAACCGAUUAUCCUGCCCAAGGUUGGAGGCAGUGGCGCUGCUCUCUUCGACUAUGCCAGAGGAGGACCCCAAUUUGGAGCUGACGGACUAAUCAUCGGCCCUCCGCUGGCACCUGUUAUGGGUGGGUUCGCCGGGCCUGAUACCAACUCUGGUGUUGGUGACCUAACGCAAGCCAAAUCCAGAUUGGGGUUGUCAUAUGCCAAGAGGGAGGAUGGGAAAGAGUCCUUGUUUGGGGAUGAGUCAAGGGCGACUUUGGAAGAAGUGCUUGUCUUCUGUAGUCCACAAAUUGCAAGCUUGUAUUAAGAUCAAGAAAUAAUACUUAUCAGUGGUGGAUAGAAAAUGAAACUGAAAUUCUUAAAGGUGUCUGGAAGUUGCAGAACCAAAGGAAGAGAAUUUUAGGACUUUUGUGUCUCUUUAGUUCACUUCAACUGGCCAACGAUGUUUGUAAGUAUGCUGCCAAGGAUUUCAUCUCCAGGGUUUGGUCUCAUGGGUUUCUGUUUAUUUUUGGAUCAAGCUUAAUUAUAGCAGAACAGAACAAGCUGUUCUUUUCUUAUUCCUGUUCAAUGUACUUCGACCUUCACAGGAUAGUUUGAACUUGUUGAACACACACCACUUGAUGCCAAGAAAAGAUAACAAGGACCAGACUAUUUGAACGUUU